AUGACCUUCUCUUAUUGCCUUUGCUCCUCUCACAUCCCACUCAAGAUUGACCGAUCAUGGUUGGCUACUACACCUUGGUGUAAUUUCAGAAUGGAUCACGCAUCCACCUUUUCCCUUAAAGCUAUGAACACUGAAAUUUUUGGCCAGCGUGUUGCGGGAAUGGGAGGCAAACUGGACAGUGGCUGUAGUUUCAUGGGAGGAUCAAACCCAGAAAGUUUUGUUCUUCGCAGAAAAAGCUCUGGAGUUCAUGCUUCAUGGUUGGCAAGUUCCCAAAUUGCUAGUAGUGUUUUUACUUUGGGAACUGCAGCUGUUCUUCCAUUCUACACCCUCAUGGUUCUGGCUCCAAAAGCUGAACUGAAUCCUCGAAAUCAGCACUGGUUGGCAAGUUCCCAAAUUGCUAGUAGUGUUUUUACUUUGGGAACUGCAGCUGUUCUUCCAUUCUACACCCUCAUGGUUCUGGCUCCAAAAGCUGAACUGACUAAGAAAACCAUGGAAAGUAGUGUUCCAUAUCUUGUGCUUGGACUUUUGUAUGCAUAUCUAUUGUACCUCUCUUGGACACCUGACACAAUACGGCUGAUGUUCGCAAGUAAAUACUGGCUGCCUGAGCUGUCUGGCAUAGCCAAGAUGUUCUCCAGUGAGAUCACAUUGGCUUCUGCAUGGAUUCACCUGCUGGCCGUAGACCUCUUUGCUGCAAGGCAGAUUUUUCAAGAUGGAUUGGAUAACAAAAUCGAGACCCGGCAUUCCGUUUCUCUGUGCCUUCUUUUUUGUCCUAUUGGAAUUCUUACUCAUUUCAUCACAAAAGCACUAACCAAGAGUGUGGAGAAAACCAACAGCAGCAUUCAUUAA